GUCGCCGCGAGCUGGGGGACUCGGACGCGGCCGGUUCAGUGGCCAGGAAAGGCUCCGCCGCCGCUCCAGCUCCCGGCCGCCCCGGGGAGCGCGCGCCAGCGCCCCAGGACACCGAGGCCCACAGGACCGCAGCAGCAGAAGCCAGCCUGUACCUUCGAUUUCGGAGCAGCCUGUCACACCUUGAGCCCCCAGGCCGCCCGCGUCCUAUAGACGGUGCCCAGCGACUCUGGGCUGGUGACCCGAAGGCCCGCACUCCAGCUUCGCGCUCGGGCGCCCCGACCUCCAGGUGUUGGGGGCCCUCCUCCACCUGUCCUAGGAACAACCAAAAAGUCCAUCCGGGAUUUUCCUGAGUAAACAAGAGCCCCACGACUUUUGCUCGCUGCUGGAUUUAAUAGACUUCACAGUCGAGGGACUUAGAGGGACAUUUUUUUUUUUUGAGAUUCCUCUUUGACAGUCCUCCGCCCCUCUCCUCUACACUGGUGUCCAUAAGGCUGAUUUUUUUUUUUCUCCCCGAGCGUGCGUAGGGAGGGCGAGGACUCGAACCCGCAAGGCGCAGUGCGCGGGGCCAUGUAUCAGAGCCUGGCCAUGGCGGCCAACCACGGCCCCCCUCCCGGGGCCUACGAGGCGGGCGGCCCGGGCGCUUUCAUGCACGGUGCGGGCGCCGCGUCCUCGCCGGUCUACGUGCCCACCCCGCGAGUGCCGUCGUCGGUGCUGGGCUUGUCCUACCUGCAGGGCGGCGGCGCGGGCGCGGCAGCCGGGGCCACGGCGGCCGGCAGCUCGGGGGCGGCUCCGUCGGGCGCAGCUCCUGGGACCCAGCAGGGCAGCCCGGGCUGGAGCCAGGCGGGGGCCGACGGGGCCGCCUACACCCCGCCGCCGGUGUCGCCCCGCUUCUCCUUCCCCGGCACCACCAGCUCUCUGGCCGCCGCCGCGGCAGCCGCCGCAGCCCGUGAAGCUGCAGCCUAUGGAGGCGGCGGCGGGGCUGGGGGCGCGGGGCUGCCGGGCCGCGAGCAGUACGGGCGCGCCGGCUUCGCGAGCUCCUAUUCCAGCCCCUACCCGGCUUACAUGGCGGACGUGGGUGCAUCCUGGGCCGCGGCCGCCGCCGCCUCCGCCGGCCCCUUCGACAGCCCGGUCCUGCACAGCUUGCCCGGCCGGGGCAACCCCGCCGCCCGACACCCCAAUCUCGUAGAUAUGUUUGACGAUUUCUCGGAGGGUAGAGAAUGUGUCAACUGUGGGGCCAUGUCCACUCCCCUGUGGAGGCGGGAUGGAACAGGGCAUUAUCUGUGUAAUGCCUGUGGCCUCUACCACAAGAUGAAUGGUAUCAACCGGCCUCUCAUCAAGCCCCAGCGCCGCCUGUCUGCUUCCCGCCGAGUGGGCCUCUCGUGUGCCAACUGCCAGACCACCACCACCACACUGUGGCGUCGUAAUGCUGAGGGUGAGCCUGUGUGCAAUGCCUGUGGCCUUUACAUGAAGCUGCAUGGGGUCCCCAGGCCUCUGGCAAUGCGGAAAGAGGGAAUUCAAACCAGGAAACGGAAGCCCAAGAACCUUAAUAAAUCAAAGACACCAGCAGGUCCCUCAGGAAGUGAGAGCCUUCCUCCUACAAGCAGUGCUCCCAGCACCUCCAGCAGCACGGCCACCAGCAGCAGCGAAGAGAUGCGCCCCAUCAAGACAGAGCCAGGGCUGUCCUCCCACUAUGGCCAUAGCAGCUCCAUGUCCCAGACAUUCUCAGUCAGUGCCAUGUCUGGCCAUGGGCCCACCAUCCACCCCGUCCUCUCGGCCUUGAAGCUAUCCCCACAGGGGUAUCCAUCUUCCGUUAGCCAGUCACCACAGGCCAGCUCCAAGCAGGACCCUUGGAACAGCCUGGCCUUAACCGACAGUCAUGGGGACAUAAUCACUGCAUAAUACCACCACCUCCCUCCUCGGAUCCCUGCUCGGACUUGGGGCUUAAAGGACAGCAGAAUAGAGGUGCUGGACUGGAGGGCUGGCCUGCUCUGUCUGGGAACAACUCCAGAAGAACAACUGGGAAGAAACUUGAAGUCAUCAUUUGGGUGGGGGAUGCUGGUGUUGGGUUUUUACCAGCUGUCUUUUCAAGGUGGGGUCUGGGAAGACUGGACUCCAACCAGAAUCCCCCCCCAACUCUACACACACACACACCUUUUUAGGACCAGCACACUGGAGUCCCUUCUAGGGAGCAGAGACUUCUGGAAAUCUCCUUUCCUGCCUCUACACCAAGAUGCCUUUCUUGUACUUUUCACUGCUGGGAACCACUAUGGCCAUUCUGUUUGGUGUCCCAGCACUGGGAAGCUAAGGGCCAGGACCCCCACCCCAGCCUGUGCCAGGCAUCUGCCUGACCUUGGAUGCACAAUCAAACACUCCCCUCAGGCUAGGCAGGCCCUGCAGCCCUUAGUCUGGAUCUUGACUCCAGAAAACAGUGGGUGUAGCCUCGGUACUGAAUGCUUUGUGGGAAGAGGGUACCUCACCCAUCUCACAGCUUGACUGGCAAAACUACCCCCUCCCAGUCCCUUCUCCUGCCAAAGGCCUCAGGCCCUCCUCAUCAUCACUCCCAAGGCCUCUGAAAGUGAAAUCCCAUCCUGAGUGAAUCAGUCAUGCCUCAUCAAACCAUAGCUUAACAGUUGAGCCAUAACAGCCCUCCCACCUCACCUUUCCUUCUCCCCAUUAUGCACAGGGGCUCCUGAAUAAGAACAAAAUGGUUCUGCUGCUAAUAUGAGAUUGAAACACUCACCUAGGACUUGAGCAGGUAUCUGCCAGAUACCAUCCUCGAUACCAGUGCUGUUUGGGUAACGGGGUUUCUGUGGACUCUGACCUCUGUGCAUUGGGAUCUUGCUGAUUGCGAUAGGUGGACCUAGGAGUUGUGGCUCUUAGUCAGAGUCCAAGUCCAGCCAACAGGUAUGAGUGCUUACACCCUCAUCUUUCCCCAGCAGAAAGCUUUCCUCUGGGAGGCAAAAACCCAACAUGAAUUCAAAGUCAACAAACCCAACUCAGUUCAUGGAAAGAAAAGAUAACAACUGAUCAGAGAAGACUCUGAGGAUGGGUCUUGAGGUUCUCUCCAGCUCUGUGCUGUUCUGUUCUGGAAUAUUCUGGAACUGGUCUUCUACUCUCCUCCACAUUGCUGUCUCUGCCCAUGAUGCUGGGGCUCACAAAGACUCCUGUGUCCUGUCAUCAGCAGAGCCGGAGAUGACUGUGGCCUUGCGAUGCCCUGCCCCAAACACCCAGCCUUCCAUCCCCUCAAAUUCUACUGGCUGUAGCAGAGAAUGUCUUUAAAACCAAGAUUCUGUUUUAAUCACCAUUUACACUGUUUCUCAUCCAUGAAGGCCACCCCUGUAUACCAUCCCUAACCCACAAACCUGUUAACAUUGUCUUAAGGUGAAAUGGUUGUAAAAUCAGUAUUUAACUAAUAAAUUUAUCUGUAUUCCUCCUCUU